AUGGUUUCCGGCUCCGACUAUGUCCGCCACAGGAUGGUCGAAAGGUCGAUUUGGAGUCAUCGGGGUCUGAAGACGGUGAGCCGAGCAUAUUCAUCUGAAUACAAUGACUUCGAGGCAAAUGGCCACUUUGGAAUGCCCCGGCCAGGUACCAAAUGGAUUGCGCGGUCAUUGGACUGCUGCGGCCAGGAGUUCUCGCAACAUAAGGAUUCAUCUACAUUCUCGUUAGUGCAAUGCAAUAUGGACAAUGACUCCUCAUGUGGCGACGAACACGAGGAUAAACUUCAGGAGAUUUCGUGUCCAAAUAUUGUCAUCUAUGCGCCUGACGAUGAGUGCUCUCCGAACAGGGGACCUAACGGUGCCAAAGAACGUCAAACUGAUUCUCAUGGCAUAAGCCCUAUUCCAGCUCAACCACCCGAAAUUAUUUUUGGUAGCACUGCUACUCAGUCUCAGAUUUUUGCCCCAACGACGAUGAAGAAAAAGCAGAAACGUAAAUAUUAUGACUUUUGCUCAACGGAGUCCAUUGAAUGCCCUAGGAAUCACAUUAACACACUGUUGGAAUGUUUUGAGGAGGACCAAAUACCUACUCGUCUUUCUUCCAUUGGGCUACAAUCGCCACUGAUAAAAAAUGAGAUCUGCCCAAGGCUACAGAAUGUGGAUAGCAAAUGUACAUAUGCAUGGAAAGGUAGGUUGUCUCCAAACAGCAAAAUUUAUGAUUAUCUUGCAGAGAUUUGGAGAGAUAAUUUGGCGAAUGUGUUAGGAUGGUAA